ACAUGGAAAGGACAGACCGUUUCGAACGCAUGUUACGAGUUUUUUCAUGAAAGCAAAAGAUUAGGAACACAUUUACGAAUGAAGCGCAAACAUAAUGAACUCGCUGAGGAUACAUUUUUGAAAAUGCGAAAUACUUCAAAGACUUCAGAGAGAAACACAAACACCUCCAUCUCCGAACAUGAUACUCUUGAUACAACGAAUAAACGUCAGAUGUCUGACGAGAAAGUUAUUCAAUAUCUCGACGCUAUGGAGCAGUCAUUGGAGUGCAGUCAGGUUAAUAUGCAGAGGCCUUCUUUGUGGACGGAAUCUCUAAAUUCUUAUGUCGACAAUGUUUUGAAGAAAUCAGAAGAUGGGUUUAAGGUGGAGAUUUUGCAAAAAAUUAAGGGUGAUGAAGGCAACAAAUUUCGCCUUUACUGCGAAAAAAUACUAAUGGACUUCUAUAACCUAGUAGAUAUAUUUCCUAAUAUAUCAAGAAAAAUAGGGGAAAGAAAAUACAUUGUGCAAAAUGUUUCUUCGCUAUUUAAAUUUUACGAAUCUACGUUUGGAAAUUUGCAUUUUGACUGGAUCGAGACACAUUCACCUGCAUCGAAAUUAGACAUUGUCAAGGUGGAUGCGAAAGGCGUUCGGGUCUUUGAUGAUAAAGAGAUUUUCCACGCAGAAGUGUCGGGUCCGCCGUCAUCAUCGUCAUCACAACAU